CUCGGUGUCCUGGCUGAAGCAGACACUGCUGGUGGAGUCCGGGGAUGUGACCAGCUACAGCCACCAGGUGUUCUCGGCCUGGGACUUCGGCCUCUGCAGGGACGUCCACGUGAGGCUGCGCCAGCGCAUCAUCUUGUACGAAUUACAGGUGGAGCUGGAGGAGACAGUGGUGCGGCGCCAGGCUGCUGUGCGGACUCUGGGCCAGGAAGCCAGGGUUUGGUUGGUGCGGGUGCUGCUCAACCUGCUGGUGAUCACACUCCUUGGGGAAGCCUUCUAUGGCGUCUACUGGGCUACAGAAAGCAUGGUGGCGCUGCAGGAGACGCCCCUUGUUCAGGAGUUGCCACUGCUGAAGCUUAGGGUGAAUUACCUUCCAUCCAUCUUCAUCUCUGGGGUCAACUUUGUGCUGCCGCCCGUUUUCAAGCUCAUUGCUCCACUGGAAGGCUACACUAGAAGUCGCCAGAUCGUUUUUAUCCUGCUCAGGUUCCAGCCUCAUGGGGAUGGCUGGGAAUGA